UCUCAAGUCUAGCAUUUUUGCAGGCUCAAUUCAUGGACGGGUUCCCGCGGCGAUGCAGCCUUUGAGAGGCACGCAGCAGCAUGGGCGCCUGCAACUGUUCUGGUGAGGCCGGCAAAUGCAACUUCGGAGAGAAGCAGCCGGUGGUUCUGGUGCCGACAGAGGAUCCUCCUGGAGGAACGGCCAGCAAGCCCUCAAAGCCUCGCCCGCAGGAUGCAGGUGCGGGCGCCGCAUCGCUGCCAAAGGCUGCAGCAAGUCUUCCCAUAGGCCGACCCGAAGAGAAGACUGGCCUUCCGCAGGACACUGAUGGAUCGGUGGUGGAGGAUGUACGAAUCACGCAAGACGAUGGUUCAGUGUACGUUGGGCAGUGUCGAGACGGUGUCUUCAACGGAGAGGGCACGCUGACGAUGCUUGAUGGGGCUGCUUACGAAGGCCAAUUCAAAAAUGGCAAGAAGCAUGGAGUCGCAAAGUACACAUAUGCUAAUGGCGCUGUGUACGAAGGCGAGUACAAGGAGGAUGUGAAGGAAGGCAAGGGCAGGCUGAUCUGUGACGGCAUUGGGACCUUGGCGGAGGCCUCCACUUACGAGGGCGACUGGCUGCAGGAUUUGCAGGAUGGUCAAGGCAUCGAGAGGUGGGGCGAUGGCUCUGUCUUCACAGGUUCCUUCAAAGAUGGCAGGAAGCAUGGCCAUGGGAAGUUCAUGUGGGGCGAGGGCUGCAUGUACGAGGGUAGCUUUGUCAACAAUGACAUGCACGGCGAAGGUCGUUAUGUUUGGGCGGAUGGGCGGCAGUACAACGGGGAUUGGAUAGAGAACCAGAUGCAUGGUACCGGCACAAUGCGGUGGCCGGAUGGGCGUAUUUUUGAGGGCGAGUUCAGCCGCGGCAAAAAGGAAGGCGAAGGCACUCUCACUUGGCCAGAUGGGCGAACCUACGAGGGCCAAUGGGUCAACGGAAAGCAGCAUGGGAUGGGUGUGGUGACCACCUCCAAGGGCACCGGGCGGAAGAGCUACUGGAAAGAUGGCAAGUUCAUCAACUGGGUGAACACCAACUGAGCUUGCCAGCCAGUACCUGUGAGCCGGUCUGGCAUUCAUGCCCUUGCUCUAGGGGUGCUUUAUCCAUUCGUUGCGGGG